AUGACGAUUCCCGAUGAGGUCGACAUCAUCGUGUGUGGAGGUGGUUCUUGUGGUUGUGUGGUUGCUGGACGUCUGGCCAAUCUCGACCACAACCUCCAGGUCCUCUUGAUUGAGGGUGGAGAGAACAACCUGAACAACCCAUGGGUCUUCCGCCCGGGUAUCUACCCGAGGAACAUGAAGUUGGACAGCAAGACUGCCACUUUCUACUACUCUCGUCCCUCGGAGUGGCUUGAUGGCCGCCGAGCUGUUGUGCCCGUCGCCAACAUCCUCGGAGGUGGAUCUUCCAUCAACUUCAUGAUGUACACUCGUGCCUCCGCUUCCGACUACGAUGAUUUCCAGGCCAAGGGUUGGACCACCAAGGAGCUCAUUCCCUUGAUGAAGAAGCACGAGACCUACCAACGUUCCUGCAACAACCGCGACAUCCACGGUUUCGAGGGACCCAUCAAGGUCUCGUUCGGUAACUACACAUACCCGAUCAAGGAGGACUUCCUCCGUGCCACCGAAUCUCAGGGCAUCCCGACCACCGACGAUCUCCAGGACCUGACCACUGGCCACGGUGCCGAGCACUGGCUCAAGUGGAUCAACCGCGAUACCGGACGACGAUCUGACUCUGCUCACGGCUACAUCCACAGCACCCGCGCUGUUCACCAGAACCUGCACCUCCUCACCAGUAACAAAGUUGAGAAGGUCAUUCUUGAGGGAGACCGCGCCGUUGGCGUCAAGGUUGUUCCGACCAAGCCUCUCCACCCCGAACAGCAGAUGUCGAGGGUCAUCAAGGCUCGCAAGCAGAUCAUCGUCUCCGGUGGUACUCUGAGCUCUCCUCUCAUCCUUCAGCGCUCUGGUAUCGGUGACCCAGAGAAGCUCCGCAAGGCUGGCGUCAAGCCUCUCGUCGAUCUUCCUGGUGUUGGUCUCAACUUCCAGGAUCAUUACUUGACCUUCGCCACCUACCGCGCUAAGCCUCAUGUCGAAUCUUUCGACGACUUCGUCCGUGGCGACCCCAAGGUCCAGGAGGCGGUCUUCCAGCAAUGGAACAUCAACGGCACUGGCCCACUCGCCACCAAUGGUAUCGAGGCUGGUGUCAAGAUCCGACCGACUGAGGAAGAACUCAACAUGAUGGACAGCUGGCCAUGCAAGGAGUUCCGCUCGGGCUGGGACUCGUACUUCAAGGACAAGCCCGACAAGCCCGUCAUGCAUUACUCCGUUAUUGCUGGUUGGUUCGGUGACCACAUGGUCAUGCCACCGGGCAAGUUCUUCACCAUGUUCCACUUCCUCGAGUAUCCCUUCUCUCGUGGUUCCACGCACAUUGUGUCGCCAAACCCGUACGAGGCCCCCGACUUCGACGCUGGCUUCAUGAACGACAAGCGCGACAUGGCUCCUAUGGUCUGGGGUUACAUCAAGUCCCGUGAGACUGCCCGCCGUAUGGACGCCUACGCUGGUGAGGUGCAGGCCAUGCACCCCUUCUACGGCUACGACAGCCCAGCCCGUGCCAAGGAUAUGGAUCUUCAAACCACCAACGCCUACGCGCUCCCUGGUAACAUCACGGCCGGUAUCCAGCACGGAUCUUGGACUAUGCCCAUCGAGAAGGGUCGUGCAGCCAAGCCCAACUUCUUGAGCUCGAGCUGCCAGGACAUUCAGGAGGACUUGCAGUACUCCACCGAGGACAUCAAGCACAUUGAGGACUGGACCAAGCGCCACGUUGAGACCACCUGGCACUCGCUCGGUACCUGCUCCAUGGCACCCAGGAACGGCAACUCCAUCGUCAAGCACGGUGUGCUCGACGAGCGCCUCAACGUCCACGGUGUCAAGGGCCUCAAGGUCGCCGACUUGUCCAUCUGCCCCGACAACGUCGGUUGCAACACGUACUCGACUGCGCUCCUCAUUGGCGAGAAGUGCGCCGUGCUUACGGGUGAGGACUUGGGCUACAGCGGCAGCGCCCUCGACAUGAAGGUCCCCAACUACCACGCCCCGAGGGAGAUUGCUGGACUGUCGCGCUUGUAA